AGGUGAAAGGUCAUACUCCUGUUUGGCGGCCAUUUCUCUUGAAACUCAGCGGCUCGGGACCUGCGGUACCUGCUGUAGUCACGAGGGACGGGCGGCGGCCUGGUCGGCAGAGAGUAACCUGCAACAUUCGGCCGUGGUUACGAUGAGUUUACCCCUCAAUCCCAAACCUUUCCUCAAUGGACUAACAGGAAAGCCAGUGAUGGUGAAACUUAAGUGGGGAAUGGAGUACAAGGGCUAUCUGGUAUCUGUAGAUGGCUACAUGAACAUGCAGCUUGCAAAUACAGAAGAAUACAUAGAUGGAGCUUUGUCUGGACAUCUGGGUGAAGUUUUAAUAAGGUGUAAUAAUGUCCUUUAUAUCAGAGGUGUGGAAGAAGAGGAAGAAGAUGGGGAAAUGAGAGAAUAGCAUCUUUUGUGGGGGGUUUUUUUUUUAUAUAUAUUUCUAGACAAUAAAGAUUUGUUUGUUUUUCAACUUGA